AUGAACUGGCGCAUCUGGUUUGGCUUAACCAUCACCGCCAUUUGGAUACUGCUGGGGGUAACCUACAUCAGUGUGAAUAUCGGCUGGAUAACCUUCACACGGCUUCCGGCGGAAGAUCUGGGUAAUUUCCUGGAAGGCGCGUUUGCGCCACUGGCGUUCUUAUGGCUUGUUAUUGGCUACUUCCUUCAGCAGAAGGAACUUCAGCAGAAUACCGAUGCAUUAAGGUCACAGGCCGUGGCUAUUUCUCGAAGCGCCGAGCAAGCUGUGAUUCAGUCCGAGAAUCUCGCCGCCAGCGAGGUACACGCCCGGCAGGAGGCUUUCCUGCAGAUUGCUCAAUCCGUGCGCGGCCAACUCGGAUCGAUAUCCGGCCUCCUGUUCAUUUCAAGCCAGGGCACCGGCCAAGGCGGCCGGGUCAGCCAAAAAGAACAGGCUGAACUAUUUUCUUCUCAAGGCAGUGGCAUUGAUCCAGAAGCCUUCUCCCGGCGAUUGUUGAUUACACAUUUGGAGACGGAUGAUCCACAGGAGCAGUUCGACCUGUUCUAUGGCACCGAGGUGCGGGCACGCCACACCAACAAUUUCAUUUUCACCUUCGAACGUCUGAUUCGCCGCGCAGAAGUUGUCGAUGCUGAAAACAUCAUUACUGACGCUGUGCGGGCAAGUGGACACGGUUUCUUGUAUCGCGUCAUGAAAAGACAUCAGGCCAGCGCCCCCGAGCCGUGGUCGGAUCACACAAAAACCGGCACACACAUCAAUUUUUGA